AAUAACGGCGACGGCAGUUACAAAUGGAGUUACGAAACUGGGAACGGCAUCAAAGCCCAAGAAGAGGGUGAACUCAAACCUGGAGGUGAAGAAGGGAUUCAAUCUGCAGUUGGAUCGUACUCUUACACUGCUCCCGAUGGCACAGAAAUAAAAGUGGAAUAUACUGCUGACGAAAAUGGAUUCGUACCGGUAGGAGAUCAUCUUCCAACUUCACCACCAAUACCCCCAGAAAUAUUGAAAUCACUCGAACAAAAUGCCGCAGAAGAAGCUGGCCAAAGAGUGGGAGGCAAUGGCGGUGGAAAUGGCGGUGGAAACGGUGGUGGAAACGGUGGUGGAAAUGGAUACCGAUACUAAGUCAGUGAGUUGGUUUUUCAGAAU